AUGUACGGCCCAGGACGCCUGCACCUGGGCAAGGUGGCGGUCGGCACGCACUUGCUGCCACUGUUGCUGCUCUUCGCUGCAACAUGUCUUCUCCCUACUGGCCUCGAUCUCUACCCGGUUUCGCAGCGAGGCCCGGCGUCGUUUGCGGACGAAGCUGCGAUCUUCAACUCUACAACCACGAUUACCGCGAUGGCGCCAGUGCCUUUAGAAUCCCGUCCAGUAGUCCACCCCUCGUGUGGGCAUGAGGCGGUCGCCGACCUCCUGGCUACACGCGGUGGCAGCCCGACGACCAUGUUGCCUAGCUCGACAUCAACUGCUGCAAUCCCGGUCUCAACGCCUACUAUCGACGAGCUUCCCGACGUGCCGCCAGACAUCCCCGCCUCCCCCUUUCCCGAGCUGGGCUUAACCACGGACGACCCCGAGUAUACCUGGCUGUCACCGGUCACGCCGUACUCCUUUCCCGACGAGUUCCAUGAACGACACGGAGGGCUACUCGCGGGCUACCGAGGCGACGACCUGUCGGAUCCAGAGGAUGAUGACGUUUGCGACUUGGAUGAGCCUCAGCAGCAAGGUUAUACAGAAGGUAUGCCUUGGGUCCAGUUCUCGGAUGCGUCUGCCUCAGAUCUCCUUGAAGAUACUCAAAUUUACGAGCAGCCAAGGUUCACCAUCAAUCCAACGGUGAUUGAUCCGCGGGUCGGCAUGUCUGUGCCAGCGGCGAACAUGCACUUACUGUUGGACAUAUGCCCCGCACCUCGACCUCUUACUACUGCUCACACCACCUCUGCCCAAAUUUUGUCGACGACCAGCAACGCGAUCCCGAUCCCAAACAACGCACAUGCCGGACCUGGCUUCAACAUCGAUAGGAUACCCAAUGAAAUAGUGCUAGAGAUCUUGAGGUAUCUUUUGGUAUUCCCAGGCCAACUGAUCCGCAUGAGCGAGUCGAACCACCCGACUGGAGAACCCGUACUUCAAGUCGCGACUUCAGGACAACCCAUACACAAUGACCUCCCCCUGCCACCCCUACGAGACCUUUUGGCCGUAGCUGCGACGAAUCUACGACUCCGCCGCUUCGCUUUCGACGUAUUCUUUGGACAUAACACCUUUGACCUGACCUGCGGCAACAUCCUUUACCGAAGGGCUCUUCAACGGAAUCCUCUUCGAUGGAUCAGGGGUGUACCUAUACUAUACCAAGAGUCGCUAAUGCAUGUCGAAAUAUCCCUCUACUUGGGCUUGGGCCCGGUAACCUACCGGGAGAAGAGGAGGAUAAAUACUGAGAACAUGAUUAGGGAAAUUGGAAAGAGCCACACACUGCGGUCAGUAACAAUCAAAGUGCGAGUCCCUUAUGGCAUACAAUCUCUUACGCCUGCCGAAAAGCGACAGAGGUUUCUCCAAAUGCCUGAACUCGACCUUCUCAGUCGUCUUCGCGGGGUGGACCACUUGGUAGUACAGGCCCCUUUCGCACUUGGAGCGCCCGAGACUGCACGGCUGCAGCAGUGUCUGGCAAAGCCCAAAGGGAGGCGCGGCAGGGGCGAUCAGCCACAUCUCUACCCAGCUCUAGCUCUACGCCCAUUGAGCAGCGACACCCUGGUGAGGAGGCCUUGGUCAGAACUAGACUCCGAACUGGAGUCCUACGGUGGAGAUCCUGCAGACUUCUCGACCAAGAUCUCCAAGGCAAAGAAACUGGAAGGUUUGAGGCGGCUCGACUGGAAGAACCCAGACGAACCGGACGAGCCUUGA